AGAGAGAGAGGCAGCGCAGAACGGAGACACAAACAAGGGGACAGGACUACGACUGACACAGUUUUUCGCUUCUAUAAUAACCUGCAACAUGAGGACGUCUAAGAGGACGUAUCCGAUCUGAAUUUGAGGGAACUCGUCACCAUUUCAGCUCCACGUCCGAGUCGACGCUCGCUUCGCCUGAGAGGGACUCCAGUAUGUGUGCGGCAUGAGGGUCCACUUGUGGUGCUUUCUGGUUCUGUGUGCGUGUGAAGCGCCUCACUCCUCCUCCCUCCCCACCCUCAUCUCCACCCUCAUCUCCACCACCACCACCACCACCACCACCACCACCACCAUCCCCUUAGCGACACUCUCAUCUGAAGAAGAAGGCUCCUCCCAGCCGUCCGCUACCCCAACUGUGGACGACAGCGCCCAGCUAGUGGAUUGGCUGUCAAAGUAUGGGUACCUCCCUCCAUCGGACGCCUCUACUGGUCAGCUGCAGACCUGGUCAGCUGUCACUCAGGCUGUGAAGGCCAUGCAGAAGUUUGCUGGUCUGGAUGAGACGGGGAUUGCUGAUGAGGAGACUCUUCGGCUGAUGCAGACCCCUCGCUGCUCCCUUCCUGAUGAGGACAAAGCAGCCAAUCAGCUGUCGGCUUUGCAUGGGAAGACCCAGAGCCACCGGAGGAGGAGGGCAGUGACAUCCGUGACGUCCGUGACAUCAUGGGCACGCCGCAAUAUCAACUGGAGGUUGAGCUCCUACCCCGGUGCCUCUGCUCUGCCCCGUGAGACGGUGCGCUCCCUUGUCUUCUACGCCCUCAGGGUCUGGGCAGAACCAACUCCUCUGGAGUUCCAUGAGGUUCGAGGUGCGGAGGCAGCAGAUCUUCAGGUGGACUUCCUGCAUGGUCCCCAUGGCGAUGGGUAUCCUUUCGAUGGUACAGGGGGCGCCGUGGGUCAUGCCUUCUACCCCUCUGACCCGGACAGGGCAGGGGGCGUACAUCUGGACGCUGAGGAGGAAUGGGCAUUCAGACAGCCAGCGUCAGAGGGUACUGAUCUCUUCACGGUGUUGAUUCAUGAGCUGGGCCAUGCUCUGGGCCUGUCUCACUCCUCCGCCCGGCGCUCGGUCAUGAGGCCCUACUACCAGGGGCCCCUGGGGGACCCGCUACACUUCAGACUGGGGGCCCCCGACCUGGAACAGAUCACCGCCCUCUACGGGAAGAGGAGCAAUGACCUUCCCCUGGAGGUCGCCCAUGAAGCCAGAGAGCCCCUACUGAGACACCCAAACAAGGCCACACAUGGACACCAGCACCAUCACCACCACCACAGCCACACACACAGACACUGGCACAGUCAUGGCCAGGACAUUGAUCGUUGUAACACCAGUUUUGAUGCCGUAGCCAAGAUCCGAGGAGAGAUAUUUUUCUUCAAAGGCCUGAGCAUGUGGCGUGUGAUGCGUGGGGGACUGGUGUCUGGGCGUGCAGUGUCAGCACGGCGUCUGUGGGGGGCACUGCCUCCCACCCUCACCUCUGUCAGUGCCGUGCUAGAGAGGCACUCGGACCAUGGCAUCCUCUUCAUCAGCGACUCGCAGGUGUGGCUGUUCAAGGAGCUAUCGCUGCAGGACGGCUACCCUCGGCCCGUCUCCAACCUCACCUCGGCCCCCGGGGGCCACCAGGGGCUCCUGUGGGACCCCGAGGAAGGGGUAGCCACCUGGGGGGACAUCUCUGGGGACGACCGGCAGGAAACAGGAAGAGGGGGAGGCGGAGGCAGAGGAGGAGGAGGAGGAGGAGGAGGAGGAAAAGGAGUACAGAAGGAGAGUGAGGCCUGGAGAGAACUCAUUGCAGAUGGGGUGAAUGGAAUCAUCACAGAGAAUGACGGAUCGACAUACCUCUUCAAGGGAUGUUCCUACUGGAAGUUUUCCCACCCAGGCUCUGCUCCUGAGGAGGGUUACCCGCGCUCUCUGGCCAGCGACUGGCUGGACUGCCCCACCCCGUCCCCUGACCUCCAGGAGGACGACCUCUCCUUAACACUGCCCGACGACCGGCGGCGGCGGCAGGAGGUUCGACAACGUCAUGGGGCACACGGAGGCUCCAUGGAGGAUACUGCCGAUCAGAUCAGACUGAGAUCAGGCCAACAAAGACACAAACACAGCAGUCGUAGCCACACGGACAGAGACUUGACCAGGGAAUCGCCUCUUUACUGGACAUGUCCUUGCCUAAACCAGGCAGCAGGGGUCACCAGACUGCAACUAACCAUACAGGCCCUUCUGUGGCCGCCUCUCUUCCUUAUUCUGAUUCAGUAAUAAUGGACAGACAGUCUAUCUGAGGAAAGUUGGAGGUCAUUUUCUGCAUCCAGAGGCGCCGUCAGAAAUGUUGGGCCCCAUAAGAGAUUCGAAUUUUGGGCCCCCUUCAGGGCCCCUGUCAAUGCUGUCAAUGCUUGGGCCCUUAGAAUCUGUAACC